AUGUCCAGCAACAUUCUCAGUCCUCUCGUUUCGCUGGCGAAACGCAUCAAUAUUCCGAUCACUGCCUCAACUACUGCUAAGCAACAGGCUGAGAUGCAAGAAGACCCAUGGUCGCAGUCAGGGAAAUAUGCGCUAGGAUGGGUGUACUUCAGUCUUGUCCUUGUUGUAUUUACAUGUUUAGUUCGCGUCUAUCACCUCCUAGGCGAUCGUGUGCGGAUAGCGCUUUACAAAGAAUCGGGUGUCAAGUCGCCUACAGCAGCGUCAGAAGUGGAGCUUCCAAGUGCUGCCACUGAUAGUUCUACCAAGAAAUUUUUCCCAGCACACGGUGACCUUCCUUCGUCCCGUGGAUAUGGCGCUUCAUCAGUUGCACCGUUGAAUAAUCUCGUUGCACUAUUUCGCUGGGUAUUUUACAGACCAAUUCCAACAGUCACAAUCGGAAAGCUACACGUCGUUUUCCCGCCUCUUGCCGUGGUUAUCCUUGUCCUGAUUGCGCUAGGCUUUGUGGUGCUAUACUGUUUCAUUCCUCAGCCAUUGUAUUAUUCCAGUAUCGCUCUAGGAUCACCACCAUUAGCUAUACGUGCAGGCAUGAUUGCCGUGGCAAUGAUUCCUUGGAUUGUCGCCCUAGGCACUAAACCUAAUGUCUUGGCUUUGGCGACUGGUAUUGGACACGAGCGCCUUAAUGUUCUCCAUCGGUGGCUUGCGUAUCUAUGCCUCUUCGCGAGCCUCAUUCAUAUGAUCCCAUUCUACGUCACCCCGGUAUGGGAGGAUGGUGCUUACGCCAUCUUUCAACAGGCCCUCGUUCCACAGGGGGUCAACAUGUAUAUAUACGGUAGCGGAGUGGCAGCCUUUGUUCCAUUAGCUGUACUCUGCAUUCAUUCGCAUACAUAUAUACGAUCUAGAGCUUACGAGCUAUUUGCUUACUUGCACGGUCCGAUUGCAGUUGUUUUUGUGGGCAUGCUUAUUUGGCACACCAAAAACUUUCUCCUUUCGUGGAAUUAUUUGUGGGCGACCAUCGCGGUGUGGUUCUUUUCCUACCUUAUUCGAGGCUUUUACCUGAAUUGGUUCAGCCCGUUACGCUUCGGAUGGUUGAUUGGAGAAGAAUCUGGAGUGGCUCUACUUGCAGGAAAUGCAGUAAAAGUGACUAUCCCGACACAGAUGCGGUGGCGGCCCGGACAAUAUGUAUACCUAAGAAUGCCAGGCAUUUCUCCCUUGGAAAAUCAUCCUUUCACAAUUGCUUCACUUUGCAGUGACGACUUCCCAUCCAAUUAUGGACCAGAGUAUCGCGACAUGGUCGUUGUUUUUCGCCCUUUCAAAGGGUUCACACGCAAAGUCAUGGAAACUGCACAAAAGAAGGGCCCAUAUAAAAUCUACCGUGCAUUCCUCGACGGGCCUUAUGGUGGAAUGCAACGAGAAUUAGCUGCAUUCGACGACGUGGUAUUUGUCGCGGGAGGUAGUGGCAUCACAGCAAUUGCUAGCCAACUGCUUAACUUGAUCAAGAAAAUUAGGGAUGGAAACGCUGUCACCAAGAACGUUAGAGUUGUGUGGGCAUUAAAGAAUCCAGAAACUAUGGAAUGGUUCAAAGAAGAGCUGAGAAUCUGUAGAGAGUUUGCACCACCAGACUCAGUCCAAUGCCACUUCUUCUUGACCGGCUCAGAUACAGACAAAGCGACUGCCACACAGACGGUGAACGAGAUUCUUCAGGGCAUCCCUAGCAAACGAGAUUCAGCCUGGAUUCGCGAAGCAGCUGGUGGCAAUCUAGAGCACGAAAAAGAACUAAGACGUGAAAAUGAGGACGCGAUUACUGAACUUCCCGGAGCCUACAUGCAGGGUGGUGCUGGCUCAAGUCGACAACCCUACCCUGUAUACCCCUAUUACGACCCAUAUGCACCAUAUGCAUAUCCCCAACCACAACCCAUACCCCAAAAUAGUAAUCAUGGCUUCGAAUUUGGUUUCCAGCAGCAACCACCACUACAGCCACAACCGCAACCCAUGUCUGCACCUCUUCAACAGACCAGAAGCACUCUGACACGAUUUGCUUUUCUUCCGCGACAAAAACAAGAUAACUGGCGAACCGAAUACGGACGCCCCGGUUUAAGAAACAUAUUACUCGAACACUCCAAGUCCUGGGGACGUCGCACAUGCGUCUUUGUCUGUGGACCACCAAGCAUGCGAGUCGAAGUUGCCAAUACAGUAGCAGGGCUGCAACAACUUGUCAUGACAGACCAAACCAAAGAUGAAAUUUUCUUACAUGCAGAGAACUAUACUAUAUGA